AUGCUAUCACUUCCAACUCUGCUCCUAGCUGGCUUCUGUCUCGUAUUUCUAAUCCUACGAGACAUCCAUCAGCGCUUACAGCGCCGGAAGAAUGCCAGACAGUGGGGUUGUCAGUCCCCUAAUAUCGCUCCAUCAGGCUUCUUCGGUAUCCCGCCAUUUCUCGACCUCGCCAAAGCAAUCAGGCAGAGCCGACCGGUGGAAUUCAUCACUGAGAAGUACAAUAUCCAUGGAUUCACCUUCAAACAAAGUUUUCUGGGACGGACGGGAGUUUCGACCAUCGAACCGGAAAACUUGAAGGCUGUCUUAGCCACCCAGUUCAAUGAUUUUUGUCUGGGUCUUAGAGAGCGCGAAUUCGGCCCAUUGCUCGGCCAAGGCAUCUUCACACUUGAUGGACCAGGAUGGUCUCAUGCCCGCGCCUUGCUUCGACCGCAGUUUACUCGGGACCAGGUUGCUGACCUAGACCUCAUGGAAAGCCAUAUCUCCCGGAUGAUCGAGCUUAUGCCUAAAGACGGGUCAACCUUUGAUAUCCAACGGCUCUUCUUCCUUAUGACCACGGAUUCGUCCACCCACUUUCUAUUCGGCGAAUCCGUGCACUCAAUGGACGAGGAUACUCUGCUAAAAAGGUCGACCGUCAACAACUCAGAGGGCUUUGCAGAUGCCUUCAACACCUCCUUGCAUUAUCUCAACUGGCGGGCUAUGGCUGGGAAUUUCUAUUGGAUGGUAACUUCCAAAGAGUUCCGUGAUGCGAACCGACGCGUCAAGGAGGUUGUUGACUACUAUGUACAUCAAGCAAUCGAAGCUAGGAGACAUCCCGAGAAGAAAGAACCAGGGAGAUAUAUCUUCGCCGAGGCUCUUGCUGAGGACAACGAUGACCCGAAGAUCCUGAGAGACAACAUGCUCAAUAUCCUACUGGCAGGCCGUGACACAACCGCCAGUCUCCUUAGCUCCGUCUUCUUUUUUCUUGCCCGGAACCCUGCUGUCUGGGACAAACUGCGGCGAAUCAUUGUCGAAGAAUUUGGAGAUGACCAGCAUCCAAAUGAAAAAAUCACCCAGACCAAAUUGAAGGAUCUUCCAUACUUACGCUACGUUUUGAAUGAAGCCCUACGCCUCCUACCCCCAGUUCCUCUGAACGCUCGCAUCGCCACCAAAGACACAUCCCUACCCGUCGGCGGUGGCCCUGACGGCAAGAGCCCAGUCUUCAUCGCAAAAGGCCAACUGCUCCUCUACAGUGUUUACGCAAUGCACCGCCGGAAGGACCUCUGGGGCCCCGACGCCGAUUCCUUCCGACCUGAACGCUGGGAGGAAAAUGCCAAGCGCGGCUGGGAAUACCUUCCUUUCAACGGAGGCCCGCGUAUUUGUCUUGGCCAACAAUAUGCUCUGACAGAAGCAAGCUACACCAUUGUUCGCUUGAUGCAGCGUUUCUCGAAGAUCGAAAACGGCGAGCCAGACCGCGAUCAGCCUCUGAUCCGAGCGAAUCUGACCAUGUCUCAUGGAGAUGGGGUGAAGAUUCGAUUGUACUAA